AUGGACCAAGAAAAUAAAUCAGGGGUAACUGAAUUUGUAUUACACAGUCUUUCCGGUUCUCGAGAACUACAACUUUUCUAUUUUGCAUUUUUCACACUUUUUUAUUUAUCUAUUGUGCUGGGAAACCUUCUCAUUGUGCUCACAGUCAUCUCUGAACCUGUGUUACACACGCCCAUGUACUUCCUACUCAGUAACCUCUCCUUCAUUGAUGUGUGUCUGUCCACAUUUGCCACCCCUAAAAUGAUUGUUGACUUCCUCAUGGAGCACAAGACCAUCUCUUUUGAGGGUUGCAUGGCCCAGAUAUUCUUUCUUCAUGUCUUUGCCGGUGGUGAAAUGAUGCUCCUUGUGGCCAUGGCUUAUGACAGAUAUGUAGCCAUAUGUCGACCCCUACAUUAUGCAGUCAUUAUGAGUACACGUAAGUGCAUAGGCCUCGUGGUGGGCUCCUGGCUCAUUGGGGUUCUGCACUCAAUAAGCCAAUUGGCCUUCACAGUCAAUCUUCCAUUCUGUGGCCCCAAUAAAGUGGACAGUUUUUUCUGUGACCUUCCCUUGGUAAUCAAGCUUGCCUGCACAGAUACCUAUGUUCUCCAGGUACUGAUGCUUUCAGAUAGUGGUCUAAUGGCCAUGCUCUCCUUUGCUCUCUUGCUGAUCUCUUACACAGUCAUCCUGGUCACUGUGCGACGUCGUUCCUCAGUGGGCAUGGCCAAGGCACGGGCCACCUUGACUGCCCACAUCACUGUGGUGACCCUCUUCUUUGGGCCCUGCAUCUUCAUUUAUGCUUGGCCUUUUAGCAACUUACCAGUAGACAAGGUUCUUUCAAUAUUUUAUACUGUUUUCACUCCUCUUUUAAACCCAUUGAUAUAUACCUUAAGAAAUAAGGAGGUGAUCUCAGCAAUGCGGAAACUAAGAAGUCGACAAGUGAGUUCCUGA